UUGCUUGAGUAAAAACAUUUUGUUAUCUGUGAGCGGUAGCCCACGUCAAAACAAUACGUGACGUUUACAAAUUUUUAUGUUCGGUGAUAUCGCAAUAGCUGCUGUUAAUCUGCGAAAAAUUCGCCACGCAGCAUGGGAGAUGCAUCGGUCGCAGAUACCGAUUCUAACAAACCCAGUCCUCAAAGCGAGGCGCCGUCUGAGACGGACCGGGGUCCUUUCGGCGGGCUGGAAUUUCAAGUUUCGGAAGUGGUAGAGAGGUUGGAAGCCGGAGUGAAUGCUCACGAAGCCGGCGAUGACGAGAGACGGAGGGAACCGCGCAAAAUCAGCGCCGGGUUCUUCGAGCCGGAAGAGACUUCUAUGGAUGAGAUUUUGAAGGUUUUAGAGGAGUUGGUGUUGAAGACGGACCCUAGCUGCGAGAGCGCGGAGCCGCCGCUGCUGCCGACGGACGCGGUGACGCGGGCGGCGAUCCUGUCGCACAGCAUCGCGGCGCUGUUCGGCCGGCUGGAGCGAGGGCACGCCGCGCGACUCGGCGCGCACAUCGCCAGCGAAACGUCGCGGUGGAUGGCGCACAUGUUCAGACUGGCAGACUACAGUGCCUACUACCAUCAAGAGCAGCUGGAAGGGCUGGUGCGAGUGACUCGAAUGCUGCUGCACUGUCGCUACCCGCGCUACCUCGAGGAUGGAGCGUUGGCAUUCGCGACGCGCCUCCCGUGUAUAUACAGCUGCGUGGCGUCUCCUCUGGGCGUCGUACAACAUUUGUGCAGACAGCUCGGUUUGCCUCUGGCCUGCGUACGGCCUGUACCACAGCACCCGCGCGGACGCGGUAUGGACGUGUCUGCUCUUGAACGACUCUGCGAAGAAGACUUAGCGGCCGAACGCACACCACUCCUAGCACUAGGAGCCGCCGGGGCAGCCCCCCUCGGAGGCGGAGACGACCUCGUAGCCUUGGCAGAUGCGUGUCACCGCCGGGGGCUACAUCUGCAUGUACGGGGGCAUAGCCUGGCGCUGCCCGCGGCGUUGCCCAGAGACGAAAGUUAUAGUAUAGCUGACUCCGUCACACUCACGCCGGGACCCUGGUUCGGCGUUCCCGGCCUCCCCACUGUCACAUUUUACAAAAUUCCAGAGCCCAUGACGGCCAACGAUCAUUCCAAAGGUGUCAAUCCGGCGGGCAGCCGCGAGGGCGCGCUGGCGGCGCUGGGGGGCCUGGCGGGCGGCGGGGGCGGGGCGGGCGCGCUGCCGCUGUGGGGCGCGCUGCGCGCCGCCGGCGCACGCCGCCUCGCCGCCCGCCUGGCCGCCGCCUUCCGCAACGCGAGGACGGCGAGAGCCAUCGUGGCGGAGGCCGGCCUCAAGAUUCUGAGCGCAGACCCCGGCGGCGAUGAACCACCAACCGUAGAUCUAGUUGAGGCAAUAUCGCGGGCAUCGGCGUGCGUUACAUUUCAGUUUGCCCCCGAAGACUCGGAAAAGCCGCCGCCAUAUUACGACAAACUCAACUCGUGGCUCGGACAAGUACUGCAGCGGGAAGCAGAUAUGAUCAGCAUAGAAGUGUGCGAGACGGAGAGCCACGGCGUGGUGCUGCGCUACUGCCCGCUGGAGGGCGCCGCCGCGGGCGCGCUCGACGCGCUGCCCGCCGUCCUCGACGCGCAGGUCCACGUGCUCAGGGCCACGGCCGCGCUCAGGGAACCUUUCUUACAGCACGUGGCGGCGCUGCCGUGCCUGGUGGCGGCGCACGUGCCGGGCUGGGCGGGGCUGGGCGGCGUGCGCUACGUGCCGCCCGGCUGGGAGGACGCCGCGCCCGAGCGGCAGGACGCGCUCAACAGGCAACUAGUGGAGGCCCUGCGAGCGACGGACGGCGCGUUCAGCUGCGGCGAGGCGGCGGACGGGCGCGCCUGCGUGCGCUUCGGGAUGGUGACGGCCGACACCGACGUGCAGGAGCUGCUGGAGCUGGUGCUGCUGGCCGGCAAGGACGUGGAGGACUCCUCCCGGGAGCUCACCGACAUGACCGAGGUGCUCAAGAAGGGUAUCGAAGAGGCGGUGGCGGACCUGGAGCGGGAGAACGCGAACCGGCUGUGGCAGGAGGGGCUGCUGCGCCGCGUGCCCGUGGUGGGGCGCGUCGUGGACUGGUGGGCGCCCGCCGCCGUGCCGCCGCCGCCCGGCCGCCGCCUGCACCUGCAGCACGGCACGCUGCAGCCCACCAGCGACAUCUACAGGUACGUCCAAAAGAAGGCGGAGUCGGAACCGGCGCGCGCACAUUCACCGGCCAGACAACCGGCUACCGACCAGUAGGCGAGUUGGCACAUGUUGCCGAUGUGGACACGUGGCGCACGACAUGUUGCCGACGUCGGCACACUCGCCGCCCACCGUCGACAGGCUCGCCAUGUAAAUCGGCUCGCGACCUGACCUUUAAGCCCCAUUUAGACGGAUCAAGCUUACAUGCGAUUUUCGUUACAUUACGGCAUUUAAAUAGUCAAUCGACUGGAGUCAUUGUACUCUGUAUUUAGUUAGCAAUGAAUCGAAUAUUGUCUGCAAGUUCUCGCGCCGUAUAAAUGGUGUUUGAGUAUUCAAAAGAAGUGGAAGAAAUUGUUAACAAAUCCAUUUAUCUUUUUAUUUCCAUAGCACCUGCUUUUUGCUUGUUACUUUGUAUAUACACUUUAGGUUACAUCUAGGUAGCUUCAAUUUACAACUAAAUGUUUUAGCCGCCUACAGAUCAAAAUUAAACAAGACAAAAGCAAUUUUGAUUUGUAAAAAUUAAAAGUAAAUAUAUAAUGAAAUGGGACGCCUUUUUAUUGGCCUCCGGGCGGCUAGAAGAUUUGUCAAGUAGUAUAAAAUUGUUUACUUUUUCCUCCAUUUCUCUUGAACACUGUUUAUAAGCUACACAACGCGACAUGUUAACAGUUUAGGAUAAAAUAUAACAAUCGGUACGAUUGUAAAUCUUUAUUCAUUAUAUAUAAUUUUAUAGCUAUAAAUGAAUUGCUCCGGCGGUCGAGCGACGACCAAAGAUUGCCGCGAUAAUUUUUCAACAAAAAUGUAAUAUUCCGCCAAUUUUUAAGCAAUAAUUUUAUAGUGCGAAUUGAAUAGGCAACCAAUUCAAAGCCCAGUGGCAUUACUUAAAGUAUUAUUUAUAUAAUUUGAAUAAAAUUAAGUGGCAAAGUGAUUCAUUAUUUAUAGUGGAAUCUUAAAGGUGUCAAGCACCGGAGUUACCUGGUCAGUGCCUUAAUUUUAACCUUAAUUGCUUUACCUAGGUAAUUGUUCAACGAUUUUGACUUUUAACGUCGUGAUUUGGCAUUUUUGUGGUAAAACCGUUUGUAGGUAGGUAAUUGCAAAAUUCUUAUUGUUUACAUCGAUCGGUGACAAUUUUCAUGUUUCUUGUCAAACAGUCUCCUUGCUCGAUAAAUGAGUGAAAAUACGCACCAUGGCGAAGGCCGAAUAAAAUCAUGUUAUGGUAUAAAACUAUUCAUGACAUACAAACAGACAAACAGUGGAGGCUUAUGAUAUAACCAUCUGCAAUGUAAACAAGGUGCUUAAGUGUCGCAGCUCUUGAAUGUGUAAAGUUAAGGUACUGGCGACGUUCCUCCUACUGUGGUUAACGAAUACAAUAACAAUUAUGAUUGUAUUCUUGACCGCACCCAUGUCUAUUACUGAUAAUGGUGAGACUAAAUUAUUAUUUGUACAAAUUUAUGUUAUCAAUAACCUGUAUAAAAUAAAUAAUAUGAAAAUUUAUAA